AUGCAGCAAAAGAUCUUGAUAAGAGUGACUAUGACCGAUGACAAAACCCGAGCAAAAGCAAUGAACAAAGCCGUUCAGUUUACAGGUAUGUCAGCCGUUGAAAUAAAAGGCGAUCACAGGAACCAGAUAGAGGUAACCGGUACCGAAGUUGACAUGAUCGGCCUCACCAAAAAACUUAGGAGGAAAGUAGCGUUUGCAUAG